AUGGCUCCGGCGCGGCCCGACGAUUCGAGGGUGAAGAAGCAGUUCGGCUUUCCGCUCUUCUGCGGCGCGUGGGCGCCCACGAAAGGCCCCAGGGCGGGCGCGCAGGGCGAGGAGGGGCUGGUGGUGCUGGCGGGGGGCGGCGGCGCGGGGCGGCACGGCAUCAAGAGCAAGAUCAUCGCUUGCAAGUACAGCUUCGCCGCCGAUGAGCUCUCGGAGGUGUUCAGCCUGUCAACGGGAGCCAACCCCGCGUUCAAGAUCACCGCCCACCCCAACGGCGACGGGCUCAUUGCUGCCUUCGCUGACGCCUGCCGUCUCUUCCAAGUGACGCCAGGGGAGGGCGAGGGCGGCACAGCAGGCAAGGCAGAGGAAGCGGAGGGGAAGGAGGGAGGCGCAGGGGCGGAGAGGGGAGAGGAGGUGGUUGCGGCGAGAAGGGGGAGCGAGGAGGCGGUGCCUCUGGAGCAGCUGCAGCUGGUGCCGAGCGACACGCGCCUCAAAUGGCUGGGACCAGGGGCGGAGGAGGGGGCGGGGGAGGGGGAGGGGGCGGAGGAGGGAGACGGGGGAGAAGGGAAAGGUGCGGGCGAGGGGGGCAACGGGACGGGGGCAAAGGAGGAGGGGAAAGGGGAGGAGGGGGAGACGGCGGCGGAGGUGAAGUGUUUGCUGUUCAGUGCGGAUGGGUGCAGAGUGGUGGCGGGGAGUGAGGAUGGGCGUGUGCGCGUGUUUGAGUGGCCCAGCACGGCCGUUCUGAUGGACGUGCCUCGUGCCCACACCUCCUCCCUCCGAGACGCCGAUAUUAAUCUGGACAGCUCACUAGUGGCCACCACGGCGGACGCGGGCCCUCUGAGGGUGUGGAGCGUGCGCAAGGGGACAGCUCUUGCCACCCUCUCCAUUGCUGAGGGCGGGGCGCGCUUUGGAAUGUGUCGGUUCUCUCGAGACCCCACCAAGCUGCUACUUUACUCCACCUGUGUCAAGGGUGGCAAGGGGUGGGUGGUGGUGUGGGAGACGGCAGCAUGGAAGCGGGUAGCAGUGAGGAAGAUCCACAACGACCCCAUCUCUGCCUUCGCUCUCAGCCCCGACUCCACGCUGCUUGCCACGGGCACCCCAGAGGGCAAUGUGUUUAUCGUGGAUGCACGCACACUGAGUGUACGGCAGAGAGUGGUGGGGGCACACCUGGUAUUCGUCACGGCACUUGACUUCUCACCCAACUCCAGGGCGCUGCUGUCGGUGUCGGGUGACUCCAGUGCGCGUGUCACAGCUGUCGCUGCCAAGCCCGCCGGCCAAGUUGAGGCCUCGCAAGGGGCGACUUAUGAGCAUGUCCCUUUGCGCACCGCAUUCCAGUGCAGAAAAUGCCAAGCGGCAUGCAACCCUCUCUCCAAACCCCUUCACCUCAUCUGUUUUCCUCAAGCUCUCCUAACCCCUUCACCUCUCUCCCAAGCUCUCCUCAUUCCUCAAUCCCCCUUAACCCUCCUCAUACUCACAGCCCUCGUCCUCCUGCUCUCUUCCUCUCCGCCUCAGGCCUCCUUAUUACCUAUUUUCAUGUGCCUUCUCUUCACCCCCCCCCUCUCCUCAUACGCCCCUCCCCACCCCCACCAGGCUGGGUAA